AGGCGAUCGAGGCCUCGACUCAACCGAGUCCCAAAGAUCGGUAACAACGUCGCGUCUAUCCUAAAUGUAUUAGUAUAGGCUUAGUGGCCAUUGCCCACACAGAUUUCCAUUCUGAAUUUUGAUGUCCAUCUAUUUAUUUUUCUCCACAUUCUUCACUUGUUCAGGCACCCAAUCAAAAAAAUUGCAGUUUCGUUAGGCAACCACGUCAGCCUAGGGGAUGUUCAUGGUUGUUGAUACGUCAGUUGGAGCUUCACACGAGAAACUAGUGAUUGCACUUUUUAUGGCUUCACGUUGCCACGUGAUAUCAUAUUUCUAGUAGGAGUGAACAGGCUGAGGCUGCGUGAAUUCACCUUUAUUUUGUCUGUUGCUGUGGCUCCGAUCUGACGUCUGAACUGUCUUGCUGCAGUGAAAUAUUUUGACCAGAACAAGCUAGGUCCUCUCUACCUUAUAGACAACACAAGACACCAUACCGACUGAGUGACCGACACAACUCAACCUUAAUUAAGUCUUGGAGUAUCAACUACUUUGUUAGACAUCAACCUCUUUUAACUGCGACCGACCCCGCGUCCCGCCGUACUAUCAAAAAAUUGUAUACUCAAUCUCAAAGUAAGGCAUAUUCAAUAUGGCCUCCAACAAUGGCCAACGCCUUGCUGUUUUCGGUUUGUCGAUGAGCGAACACCAUACCCUUCAGAUGCAGCAAAUCCUCCGAUCAUGCCAGGUCGACCUACCACCCGUUCCUGGAAGUCGAGCAGCUUUAUUCCUAGCACUCUUCAAUCUAGCGAAGGACCUUGACGAGGAAGAGUCGCAGGCUAUCGAAGCUUGGAUCAAGAAUGGCGGUCUAUUUCCAACUCCAGAGAGAUUUAUUCCAGUUCCUAAGUCCGCUGAACCGUCUGAGCCCGCAGAUGUAGAUGAAGAGGAAGAUGGCGACCUUCAGGAUGGCUCCCAAGAUGAAGACGCGGACGACUCGGAACAAGGCGACGAAAGAGAGGAGUGGCAGCAAUAUGAUGAACGGGCAUUUAAUCAAGCUCAUGGCGCCUUCGCGAAUGAUGAAAACGAAGGACGAAACUUCCAUGGCAUGGGCCAUCGCAUUGAGGGACCAACUCAGAAUAACUCAAACGGUACCGAGACGACUAUCAGAAACGAAGAAGCUUCCGAAUCCAGCUCUGAGCUUAGUCUUCCGUAUGGCGAUGACCAUGAACCCAUUGAUCCAUUUGAAACGAGAGAAGUGAUUGAGUCAUCCACACCUAACACUGUGGUCGAUACACGUAGUCGCGUCCACAGAGGAGGCGUUGACGAGGACACUGAUGAUGAGAGAGAGGCAGAAGCCAGUGGUUCCUCAACUCCUACAAGCGAAGAGGAGCUCGAAUGUGGAAUUUGCUACGCCAACUAUCCUAUCUCUGAUUUUGCACCUGAGAAAAUCACCUCAACUUGUGCACAUGACCACCAUAAUCGCUCCUGUCUCUUAUGUGUCAAACAGAGUAUUGCGAGUACGCUAUCACAAGGAACUUUGCACCGACUGAAUUGUGUUUGGUGCCCCGAGAUCUUUUCAAAGGAAGAAGUGAAGAAGUAUGGCUCGGAGGAAUCUUAUGCUCGGUAAUUCCAAGUUCUCCCGCUUAUCCAGGAAAAUGACAGAAGAAACCACGCUAAUCAUGAAUUUAGAUAUGAAUAUCUCCUGCUCCUGGCCAAUCCAUCUAUUACAAUGUGUCUCAACCCUCACUGCUGUUCAGGUCAAGUCCACACAGACACCGACAAUCCGCGAAUGGUAUGCAAGGAAUGCACCUUCGCAAUCUGCGCCCUCCAUAAGAUCCCAUGGCACGAGAACCAAACCUGCGCAGAAUUUGAGCGCUCAUCAACCGCGAUCCAGCGAUUGGAAGAGGCUGAAGCUACAGCAAAGUUACUCGCAAGCGACGAAUCCAAGAUCUGUCCCAGUUGCGGAGAAGGCAUCACGAAGAUUGACGGCUGUGAUCAUUUGUCAUGUAAGUUCCUACCCCCUUCCCAUUCAAAGCCUCCCCAUUUUUGGUCUUGCAUUCGCUUCCACAGUAUCUAACCAACAACCAGGUCGUUGCGGCAAAGAUUGGUGCUUUCUCUGUCUCGCCGACUGGGGAAACAUCAUGCGCAUAGGCGACUCAGCACACGCCCUCUCGUGCCCAUACAAUCCCAACCACCAAGGCUCUCUCCGCUCCCUCCACCGCAACACCAACACCAUGAACAAUCUCCGCGCACAAAACUUGACCAAUCUUAUCCACGGCGGACCGAUCAGUUCUGAACUCGCGGAGGCACGUUUCGAAUGGCGCCAACGCCAGAAUGCCAAGAUGCGAGUCGAGGCUAGAGAGGCGGCCGAGAAGCGCUUGCGUGAGAUGGAGGCGAGUAAGGGGCCGUCGGAGAAGAAGAAGGAGGAGGCGGCUAGGAAGAAGAGGAAGGUUAAUUUGCUGCCGGCUUGGGAGGAGGGUGGGGUGCGAAAGAGAGCUUUUUAG